AUGGAGGCCGCAUCAGAUACCUUAGAGAAUAUUCCACUAAUAGAUGGAACGAGCCAAGAAAUACGAGCUAAUCAUUCGAUUCCUUCGGAUGAAAUAAGAGAUAAAUCGAACGAGAAUAACGAUAAAACCGAAACAGAUCUUAAAAAGACGUCACUUGGACAAAAUUCUACAGCCAGCUUAUUUAAUGAAACGGAUAAUGCCAUAAAACAAGAUUCUGAAAAUAUAAUUCAGACUGACGUGAAGACGAAUACUACCGAACAGGAUAGUGCAGAUGAUAUUGGCCAAAAAAUUCAAGACCCAGAUAGUAGAAAGGAGGAUGACAAUGAUGGAAAAGAUACAAUAGGCGGUGAUGAAGAGCAAAACGAUUCAUUAUCCUCUGGAAAUGUUUCUAAGUUACACAACAAGAAAGAAAUAUCCACCCAAGAUGAGCCAGAACAAAAUAUCACAAAGCAACUUCCAGAGCCCGAUGAUUCGAAUUUAGAACUACACGACACAAAUCUCGAACAUGAUGAUUUUUCAAAGUUACUGGAGUUUGAUUCAAAAGAUGACCAUGAAAUAUUUAAUUCGAAAGAGAUCCUGGAACAUGCUAUUUCUUCAGUGGAUGAGCAAAACAUUGCAUUGAAUAAAGAAACUGAUGAUCUAAUAAGAGAGACUACGGAAGACAUACCAUCAUUGCCACAUUUCUCGUCGCCAAGUCUAAGUUCCAUAAAAGAAGAACCAUCUGAAACUAACAUAAGCACUAAAACAAAGAUAAAGAAAGAAAAUAUAGCGCACUCUGAAGCAGAAGAAAAUAAUGUACAUAAUACAGAACUGCCGAAGACUUUUGAAAUUACCAAUCCCAAGAUAGAUGAAAAUACUCCAGCCUCCAUAAUAUUCGAAAAGAAUAAUCUCCUUUAUCCAAAGAGAAAAAAUUCUUUAACACCAGUAAUGUUUCAACCACAUGAGCUAGUGUCUACAAAUCCAAACACAACCGUAAACAGCGCAAGCUCAACGAGGCCAACGUCGGGCCAAGGAAAUUGGGAUCCAUCCAAUAAUCAAAAGCCAGUGGCCUUGAAGUCACCAUCAAUCGAUCAGCAAUCUGCUUUCCCUACAAAUGAGCAACCAACAAUAUUCGCCUAUGCAAGAUUAGAUUUCCAGAGUUUUACAUUCUACGUUCAGACGUUACAUGCCAUUAUUGGAAGGCGAUCAGAAAAUGACUUCACACAUAAAGUUGACGUCAAUUUGGGUCCCUCGAAAUCAAUCUCAAGACGACAUGCUCAAAUAUUUUAUAACUUUGGUACUGGGAGGUUCGAACUUUCAAUUAUUGGGAAAAACGGUGCAUUUGUCGAUGACGUGUUUGUAGAGAGAGGAAAUACUGUCCCAUUAAAGAAUAAGACAAAAAUACAAAUAGGUCAAAUACCGUUCCAAUUCAUUCUUCCCGAGCAAGAAAAAGGACAAUCUUCUGCCAGUCCGGAAACUUUCGAACCAGCAGACAUUGACAUCGAUGAUGCCCAUGCAAUGGAGAAUCAAUCAGGUGAUGAAGAUGUCAAAAUACCAACACUGUCCAAGAAAGCUGGGAAACUACCGCCAAUUCCGAAAAGGAAAUUAGACAAGUCAACAGUGAAGAAAGAGAAGAAGCCAACUAAACAACCAAAAAAGGUAUAUACAAUUGAUGAAAUCCCCGUCGAAUACAGAACAAAACCGACGUUUUCAUAUUCUGCGAUACUUACAACAUGUAUUCGAAAAUAUUCAAGUGAAAAAGGAAUGUCAUUAUCUGAAAUAUAUGGAGGAAUAAGAGAAUUGUUCCCAUAUUAUAAAUAUUGCCCUGACGGUUGGCAAAGUUCAGUUAGGCAUAACUUGUCGUUGAACAAAUCGUUUCGAAAAGUAUCUAAAGAAGGAAAAGGUUGGUUAUGGGGCCUUGAUGAAGAUUAUAUUGCAGAAAGAGAAAAGCAAAAGAAAAAGCAGGCUGAAGUUGCAGCAGCAAAGGCAGAGGCCGCACAAUUAAGAUUAGAACAACAGCAAUCCCAAAAGACUAAGAAAUCGACAACUUUUAAUCCCUCAAGAAAAUCUAACGCUGGGAGUAAUCAAAGUAUAUCUCAAACAUUGGCUGCCAACAGAGCCACUACCAAGAAGCCAUCUUCUGGAAAUGAUCAACAAAGAACUUUAAAAUACUUGCAAGAGCAAUUGAUGAUUUUGACUAAAGAUAGAAAAGGACUCUCUAAACAAGUUAUUGCUAAUAUACUGACACAAGCUUUGGCCAUGACAAUUAAUCAAGUAACACAGGCAGCCAAGAACAAGGGUAUAUCAGGGAAUCCAUUAACGGCAUUAAUGGAUAAAAAUCCCCAGCAUUUGAACAUUAUACUUGCUGCUGCCGUCAACGCUGCUACUGCCAAAAUCACAAAUGGUCAGAUUAAGCAAUUAGUCUCCAUACCGCCUCCAAACCAGCCAGUGACGACACAUAUUGAGCGGCCAAAUACGUCUUCAUCUAAGGUGGAAACGCCAUUGUCGCCGUCGCAUGCAGACACCCAAAAUGGAAAUCCUGAUUUACAAAAAGAGGAAGAUGGAUCAUUUGAUCCAACAUCGUUAUCGCGGUUCUUCCAACCAAGACAACAGACCAAAACGACUCCACCUGUGAUAGCACCAAAGCCAGUAGUCCCACAUAAACGUUCUCAUGAUGAAAGUAAUAGUGGUAGUAGCUCUGGAGGGGAUACCUCUAGUGGUGAGGGCUCUAGUUCCUCGGAGUCAGAUUCUGGAUCCAGCUCAGAUUCAGGGUCAGGCUCCGGUUCAGAUUCAGAGACCUCCUCAUCGGAGGAUUCUGAUGAGGAGCGAGAGAUUAUAACGAAGAAGAUAAGAGUUGACGAUAAUAGUUCUGCACAAGACAAUGAUGAUGAUGAUGAUGAUGACGAAGGGAGUUCCGGAUCAGGUUCAGAGGCUGAAGGAAGUAGUGGUGAUGAUGAUGACGAUGAUGAUGAAGAUGAUUCUUCAGGUUCCGAUGGCAAUGACACAACUAAGGAUAAUUGA